AUGGCAAUGGAAUAUUUUAGCGAACCGACGUCAGAAGAUAAAGACAAGGGGAGUCCGAUACCAUUUAAACGGUUUGAUUUUGAGAAGCCGACGAUGAAAAUAUCUUCCAGUAUCAGUGAGUCUUCAGAAACACUAUUGAAGGCGGCAGAGGUUGGCAUCAUUACAGUAUCGCCAUUUCCAAAAACGUUUGAUGCAAGUGUACGAGACUGGUCCUCCUUUGCCACUGACGCGACGCUGACGGACAGAAGAAGAUUCGACGAGAAGACACAAACAAAAAUGGAAUUGAUCGACUUGAAAUACGCCGUCAAACAAUCGAAAAUCCAGAUUAAUUCAUUAAUGAAAAUGAGGCGUGUUGUCUCCAAACUGAAAAAUGGGCUUGACAAAGAGGUCGCAUCGAUAAAUGACCAACUCAACGAAAUGCAGAAACAGCAUGCAGCGUACAAAACGGAGUACUCCAAACUUAAGCGCUCCCAGCGAUUUAAAUUCUUUAGAAUUCAUUAG